AUGAAAAAAAUUCUCCGUAAAAAUCCAUCAAGACUGAAGAGCGACUUAAAGGCUAAACUCUUGGCUGUCUGGGAGUCAAUUACGCCUGAGGAGUGUGCAGCGUUGGUUACAACCAUACCUCUUCACAUUAAAGCUGUUAUUGAGAGCAAAGGCGACACAACUAAGUGUGACGAAAAUCAGAAUGGAUUCAUUCAACACUUGGAUUUUCAAUCACUUUUUAACAACAAAGAAUCUGGCAUAGCAUCAUUGGCUUCCAGUCCUAUUGCAGCUGCAGUUCUAAAAGUAGAUAAAAGUCAAUAUCCACAGUUAUUUGAUACUGUUGUCAGUAGUUCCAUCGACUCCUUACAAAGUCACCUAGCGCCUACGGAAAGCGUAUUUAAUGCUCGUAACUUUGGUUUUAAUCCUAUUGCAAGUCAAGGCUUUUUACCACAUGGCAGGUCUGCCAAGUUGGUAACACAGCAAACACAACAACAUCAACCUAAACCUCAUGCGCAGCGACUUAGCCCUUUACUAUACAAUAUACGAACCGUACAUGAUCCUUAUUAUAGAGUACAUAAACCUGACGAGAUUGAAGAGGGUAAAGAAAUAUUAGAAAAACUGCAAAAAAAUCCUACUGUCGCCGCAUAUUUUCAACCGACAAUUAAUGUUGAAGUAAAACAUCCAGUAAAGUACCGCAAAGAAGAUUCAAUCGAAAAAUUUGAAGGUGAACCAAAUUACAAGCAAAAUCCUUAUAUUGCAGGACCGGCACGUAUUCGGCGCUAUACAGGGGGUAGAGGCAGUGAAAAUUUGAAGAAAACAGACGAAGAUGAAGACGAGGAUCCUUAUAAUUAUAAAGCAGAAUAUAUAUCAAAGCCUAAGGCUUUUGAUGAGAGUUCUUAUAGCAGUCCUUAUAAAAAAAAGAAGGAUUCAGAAGACAAAUAUGAAUACCCAUAUAACUAUGACUCAGGCUAUGAUCAUAAAGAAUAUGAAAGAAUAAAAGAAUUGUCUGAAAAGCAGGCAGCUGAAAUUAGACAAAAUCCAGGAAAUUGCAAGGAAGUAAUAAAGGAUGGAAUGACAUGUAUGACAUGUAAAGAUGCUAAAACUGGUGGAAACUACGAAUCAUGUUCAUAUGUUGCAGCUCCCAAAAAUAAUAAAUAUGCUUACUCGAAAGAAAAAAAAUUUGAUAGUAAUGAUGAUCCUGAAGAACCAGAAAAUGAAGAACAAUCUGAAGGCCCUAAAACAUCGAAAAAAAUACAGGAAAUAAACACAGAGGAUACAGCUCCCCAAAAAUUUACUGAACCUGAAGAUGAGAAACCGUAUAGUAGCUAUAGGCAACCAGAAAAAGACGAUUCUGGCGAAAAAUACAAAGCAUUUUAUGUACACACAUCAAAACCCAAACCAAAUGAAGCACUAAGAGAAGCGAGUAAUGAAGAUAGUUCCGAAGAAGUGCAACCCAAAUCGUACAAUUAUCAAAAAGCAUUGCCAGGGUUUUAUACGGAUAAUGAGCCUAAAAAAGAUGUCGAGCACGUUUUAGCCGAAUUUAAAAAGAAAGACAGGUCUUCCUGCAAAAAAGUGCAAAAAAAUGCUAUGACCUGUUACCAAUGCAUAGAUAAGAAAGGUUUAAAGCACGAGGAAUGUAUGUUUGUGUCUGAAUCAGCACCAAAACAAAGUCAUUUGGCCUAUCAAGAACUUAAAGAGUUUACGUCGAAGCCAGCAACACUUGACGACGGAAAUGAAACUGCUGAAAGUCAAACUGUUACCACAAGUGCGACUCCAACAAAGAAAUCAGCUGCCUAUGUUGCACCCUCUGCUAAUUACGGUAAAAAGUUAAAGCGUAAGAAGGCACCGCAAGGUACUUUAGCAGCUGCUCCGACCAAUGUUGUUGCAAAAACGACUCAAAAGUUUAAAAGAAGUGAAGGAUCAGAGUCAAACUCCAGUGAUAAAAUAUCGGUUACUUCAAAUAUAGCUCCGCCUGAAGAGUUUGCUGGUUCCGAAUCUAAAGCAGCAUUUUGGGCGGAAACUGUUCCGCGAUAUAGCGCGACAUUAGGUGUUACUUUACCUGAAUACAUGUUGUCUAGGUCAGAACAUGAAGCUUCAUUCGAUGAAGCCGUUGCUGGGUCGUAAAUUGGUUAUUCUUAGUCAACUUCAAACACAAUCAGAGCGUGACAGUUGUUAAACGUUUAAAUUAAAGCCUGAAUAGAUAACGGGUAAUAGUUAUUUGUUGCAUAAUCAAAUUAGAUUUCACAGAUCGAUGCAGUGACAAUUUAACCAUGAAACUUAAAAUAGUAAAAAAUUGUAUUACAACAUUAAUUAAUAUUGUAACAAUGAGUCAGUACAAUUUGGCAUAACACGCUGUAAAAUUUUAUACAAUCUAGCGUAGGAUGUGUUACUUUUUAAAGUUUGACUACUCAAUUUAUUCAGUUUAUUGUUAACUAGUUUUAAAUAUUGCGAUUAAAAUUGUUUUAAAAUGA